AUGAGGGCUGAAAGUAUUAUGCAGGCGCUUGCGGGCACCUACAUGCUCCUGAACACGAGCACCACCCUAAACGGUGUCCCCGUCCCUGACGAGGCAUACGGCUCCAACCCCUCGGGUCAACUCAUCUACACAGCUUCCGGCUUCAUGUCGGCAACCAUCACAUCAACAGACCCCGAGGACCGGCCACAAAGCCUGACCUUCCCUCCCGCGGAAGGCCAGUCGGACGCGGACUGGGCCAACGUCGCCAAGCACGCUCUCUGCUACGCUGGACCUUUUUCCAUCAACGAAGCCGUGCCUCUGACUGCCACUUCGGGUGGCGUCUUUCACGGUCCCCUCACCGUCGCACACGUGCCGUCUUGGGUUGGAAGGAGGCAGGAGCGCAACUUUACUACGUACGAGAACGGAUCCCUGCUGCUUAUUACGUCGAGGAGGGAUGGUGGUAAUGAAGGGAAGUUGUGGUGGAAGAGGAUUGACUAG